GCGUGUUCCACCGGGGAGGGCCAGAAGGGCGGUGCUGCUGACUCCAACUAUAUUGGAGCGAUCAUCAGAGCACAUCGCCCCCUCUUCCCUUUGAGUUUCGUCGAGUGUUGACCGCAGAAGUGUUCUGGGCCCGGGAAAGAAAGACAUGGCUGGAUAUUUGAAAGUUCUCAGCUCCCUUUCGAGGUCGGCCGGUGCGGCUCUCUCCAGAAAUCCCGCAGUGCUUGCGCCGGCUGCAAAUUGCCAGACUUUGCAACAAAGAAACUAUGCCGACAAACGCAUCAAAGUGGCCAACCCGGUGGUUGAGAUGGACGGAGAUGAGAUGACCAGGAUCAUCUGGGAGUUCAUCAAAGAGAAGCUCAUCCUCACAAAUGUUGACGUAGACCUGAAGUAUUACGAUCUGGGUCUUCCAUACCGCGACCAGACGGAUGACCAGGUCACCAUCGACUCUGCCCUCGCUACUAAGAAAUACAACGUUGCGGUUAAAUGUGCCACCAUCACACCUGACGAAGCCAGAGUGGAAGAGUUUAGCCUGAAGAAGAUGUGGAAAAGUCCCAAUGGAACCAUCAGGAACAUCUUGGGGGGCACCGUGUUCCGUGAGCCAAUCAUCUGCCAGAACAUUCCCAGGCUUGUUCCGGGUUGGACGCAGCCCAUCACUAUUGGCAGACAUGCCUUUGGUGAUCAAUACAGAGCAACAGAUUUUGUUGUGGACCAGCCUGGCAAAUUUAAGAUGGUCUUCUCACCUUCUGAUGGAAGUGCAAACAAGGAAUGGGAGGUCUAUAACUUUCCAGCUGGCGGCUGUGGAAUGGGCAUGUACAACACGGACGAGUCCAUCACCGGGUUUGCACACAGCUGUUUCCAGUAUGCCAUUGGCAAGAAGUGGCCACUCUACAUGAGCACAAAGAACACCAUUCUGAAAGCUUACGACGGCAGGUUUAAAGAUAUUUUCCAGGACAUCUUUGAGAAACAUUACAAACCAGAGUUUGACAAGCUGAAGAUCUGGUACGAGCACAGGCUUAUUGAUGACAUGGUUGCCCAAGUGCUGAAGUCUUCGGGAGCUUUUGUUUGGGCUUGCAAGAACUAUGAUGGAGAUGUCCAGUCUGAUAUUCUUGCACAGGGCUUUGGCUCACUGGGACUAAUGACAUCAGUCCUUGUCUGCCCUGAUGGAAAGACCAUUGAGGCCGAGGCAGCUCACGGCACGGUGACCAGACACUAUCGCGAGCACCAGAAGGGGAGGCCGACCAGCACCAACCCCAUCGCCAGCAUUUUUGCCUGGACAAGAGGCCUGGAGCAUCGAGGAAAACUCGACGGCAACCCUGACCUCAUAAAGUUUUCUCAGACUCUGGAGAGAGUGUGUGUUGAGACUGUUGAGAGCGGCAUCAUGACCAAGGACCUCGCGGGCUGCAUCCACGGCCUCUCCAAUGUGAAGCUGAAUGAGCACUAUGUGAAUACUACAGACUUCCUCGACGCCAUCAAGAAAAAUCUGGAUAAAGCCCUGGGCAAGUGAAAGACUUGAAAACGGGCAAUAAGAACCAGGAUGUGGCAAUGUCACUCUUAUGUUUUUGUACCUCAUUUUUAACUUGAAAGGUCAACAAAUCCACUCGCGUUUCACCCGAAGGAGCAUACACUGUAGGAUUUACUAGUUAUUAUAGGAAAUUAAACGACUGAGUCGUCCUUCCAUCUGAUGGCCCCAUAAACACCUGACCCAUUAUGUGCAAGUUUUAUUUUUGUAAUGUGUACUGUAUUCCGUGCUGUGUUAUGCCUUGAGCAAGAACGAAGACUGACGGACAUGCUUGCCAAUAAAUCUUGUUUGACCGAUGUUUA